UUUCACGUGAUCUAUGAAUUACAAGAUGGCGGCGCCCAUCCUGAGAACCAUGAGAGGUCAGGGCUGCGGUUUGUGUAGCCUCGGAUAUCGCCAGAUGUUCCGGAGAGAGAUCAGUUUCAAAUUAGAUGAGAAAACAGCCCACAGCAGCUUGGAUUUAUUCAAAAAGGACACUGGGGUCCUCUAUCGUAUGCUGGGGAUUGACCGUACCAGAGUGCCUCAAAACCCUGAACGCUUCAGAGACUGGGCUGUAGUUUUGGGUGACACUACCAUCUCCAGGGGCUGCCAUUACUGGGAAGUGACUGUGAAACGAUCACAACAGUUCCGCAUUGGGGUGGCGGAUGUGGACAUCUCCCGGGAAGUCUGCAUAGGAAUGGAUGACAAUUCCUGGGUCUUUGCUUUUGGGAAUCGCUGCUGGAAUGCCAUGUUUGCUAAUGAAACUACUCCAAUCACUAACAUUGGCCAACCAGAAAGAGUCGGCCUAUUCUUGGACUAUGACCGCAAAAGAUUCAGCUUGGUAGAUACACAACAACACAUGUUUAUCCACAAUACGUCGCCAGAGUUCCGAGGUCCUGUGGUGCCUGCCUUUGCCCUCUGGGAUGGUGAAUUGCUCACCCACUCAGGCCUGGAUGUGCCUGAGAAGCUCAAGCAAAGUUGAAAUCUAUUCAAGAGCGUUGAUACUGAGAUUUUUUUCCCCCUCUUUCCUUGCCUUUUGAGAGUUAAAUUUGCCAUCCUUUACUUGUGCCAUAUUUAUCUUGCACUGCUAUUUUGGUUUUGUCAGGAAAGGGUUGCUUUAAAAAUGAGUUUUUUUAAAGCAGCAAUUGUUUAUGUGAUCAGCUGCACCAUUUGAUACCUUACCUCAUAGGUCUCUAGUUCUGUAGGAGUCAGGACAUUCUCUUCUCCCACUGUGUUGCAGAACUAUUCCAGAAAUUAUUCUGCCUCAGAACCACCAAAGAGCCAGUCAAAGUCAUUACCACAAAGAGUAGUUGCCUUAGGAUAGAUGGUUUUCAAGACUUCUACAAAUCCUGUUCCUGUCAAUGGCCUCCAUCAGGAAAGGUCUGGAGCAUCUCUAUGUGAAUAUGUUUGGAUUGUUCCUCUAAGCCAUUUGCAUCAAACAUAAGCAAGCAAUAUCUCAAUCUGACUAUAAAAGGACCACUUGAUGCCCUUUAAUUAUAUAAGAUUUCCUUUUCCUGUUAGAAGUAUUUGCUUAAGCUUUCAGAUAUUUGAAGGAGAUUUCCAUUUUGAUAAGAACAAUGAUUUUUUUUUAACACAAAGGAUCUAUUGCCUCCUGCUGGUGGGGUGGGAGGACAAAAUUAGCUUGGAAUUGAGUAGAUGGCAUCUCAUGACCAGUGAAAAUCCAACUCUCCCGAAUUUAUAAACAGUACAGUGCACAAAUUAAUGUUGUGGGAAUUACUUUAUUAAUACCAGCCCCAGAUUAUCCUGUGUUAAUUGGUUGAAACAAUAAGAAUUGACCCAAUACACACCUGCAGAUACAUAUAUUCAUCGAAAAGGAAUGAUAAAGAAUUUGCUACAGUUUAUUACAAUCACCAUAAUUAAAAUUUAGCUGAAAACAGCAAAUAUUCAAGCAGUGUUUUCUUUUUCUUGAUGUUGGAUGUAGCAAGAGCUGUAUGCUCUUCUGUAUGCUAUGUUGAUAACUGUAAUAAGUAAAAAUAAAAGCAUCUAAAACAAAACGUUAUUUUAUCUGAACUUCUGAUUGAAAAUAUCCACUGUUUGGAAAUUUUAUCACCAAAGAAUGCACAUAGUAGUUAAACAGUCUAGAUGGUCUAGCCUACCAACCUUGCAAGAGUGUCAGGCUGGCAGCAACAGUGAAACGUAGCAUUGUACUGCUUCAAGGUUUCAGUUGUUCCUGUUCCAUAGUGACUGAUUUAUGACGGGUAUUUUGUCAUUCUACUCUAAAAUAGCUGAACACUUUCAUUGCAGCAGUAAAGUAGCUGCUGAAAAGAG